GCGCCACGAAGGGAAUGGAAUCGAUGCAGCGGUCACCAAAGCGCACAGCGGCCAUGCCGAAGAAUCCGUCACCAAGGAAGCUUCGUGAGAAAUCUGCAGCGGAAGUGUAUCCGUUCCCUCCCACCGUGCCACUUCGAGAGCUCAUCCCAAGGGACAACCAAGAGAAUACUACGAGUGUCUUCAACCCGAAACGCCGCAGUCGAGUCGAGUCGAAACCAAUUGUGGGUGGUGCACUGGACUAUGCGAAUCCCCCCGCGGGCUCGCUCCACCCGAUUAUUCGCACGAGUAUUGCCGCAGACACGUUGGACCAGCGCUUAAACUCCAUCAAGCAACAGAUCGACCACGUUCUGCUGGGUGGCAUGCUCAAGGAUGACGGAUCGUCCUCCCCACGGAAACAAGAGAGCCCGCGCCCCAUGACGACCAACGACACCCUCCUGUCGCCAUUGUCAUUGCGGUCGACUGUCCUACCUGCAAUCGAUGCGACCCCCGAAGCUAUCGCCAGGUCCCAAGCGUACCUGUGCGCAGACGACGAAAUUGAAAAGUGGAUUCAGAACUACGAGGCAGAGAAGCAUCGUUUCACGUCGUACGCACUCUUCACCGAGUACAAGCUUGAUCAACUCGCCAACUUUACCGCCAACACCGGCCGGCCCAACGUCCUCGAGACUGCUGCAUGUUGUGCGGCACUGUUCAAGAUCCCUGGAAUUCUUGGCAACUACCGGUCGCUGCUCCAGAAGAUCGUGGUGGGACUCGAGUACGGUCUGUACGGCGAUUCUAGCUGUGAGUCGUCCUUCACCGACGAUAUUGGAUUCCACGCGUCGACGCCGCGCAUCAAUGAAAGGUCCAGCGUCGACAUUGUGCGCUCUUUCUACCAUCGAAAACCCUUCUUUGUUCAGUUGCGCGAACUCGAACACGACCACGCGAUCAGCGUGCAUUUGGGCGGCGCAAGGCGCUCCACGGCCUUGUUGGACCAAGACAAGCGCCGCGUGAUUGAACUUUGCUCGGCCGAUCUGUUGGAAGCUGGCCUCCUACGGUUUAGUGACGAAGUGCGCCAGCAAAUCGGCAUGAAGUUGGUUGCGUCUGUGGCCAACGGCGGCGCACAUCUUGGCAAAGCGCACAUGUCGGACGUGUGUAGACGCUUGCUCAAGCUCGCGGAAGCGCUGGACAUGCACUCGAGGGCCCUCGUCGUAUCGAGCUUGCUGGACGACCUCGACGAGGAAAACCGUGCGCUAUCGGCAUUUCAAGGCCUCGGACCCGACGGCGAGGCACGAGUGCUUCAGAUGAUCUUGAAUCGCGACGAGAAAGAUCGAUUUGCCAUUCGAGACACCGUCGACCGCGUCCACGAAUGCAUUCCAUGCCUUGUCCAUUUGUACGCCAUGUCGUGUGACGCCCAUCGCACGGGGUUCCUAGCAGCCAUGCUCGGCAACAAGUACGAGUACGGUUUUAUCUGCGACCUGGCCAAAGUCAUCCGCACGGAGCAGUUGGAACAGCUCGCAGACUUUGUCAAUGGCGCAACGCACGCCAAGCUGGAGGCGCAAUGGACAGGACUAGACCGCGCCUUAACCCCGGACCACCUCCACGCACUUCUCACAUCGCCAGACUCGUUUCCCAAGCCGUAUACUCCGUCGGAACAACGCCGAUUGUUUGACGACGUGUGUUCGUUGUUGCGCAACUGGUCGUCCGUCGCGAUCGACUUUUGCGAGCACUUGUUGGAAAAAUGCCGGUCGUUGCACCCGGCGCAGCGCAAGAUCUUGCUCGCGACGCUUCUCCACGACGAUUUUGGAACGUCGAAAGCGGCCCUGGCGGACCUCUUGCUUCGGUUGUCACCAACCGAGAAGCAACAACUUCAAACGGUGCUGCACGACACGACGUUUGUCAUGGCACACUUUAACGAGCAAGUGGCCCACAUGUCGACCGAAACGCGGUCCAAAGUUCUAUACGCCGUCAUGGAAUCCAUGCGGGCGUCUGUGCCCGACGACGACGCCAGUCCUGCUGACUCGAAGCAAGCGAAAACGAUCAUUCGAGUUUGCCGCGAAUUGUUUGGCAUCACGUUGCACACGGACCCGCGUGGAUGCGCCGCCCCCACAAGCAACCACGAUCCCAUGACGACAGAGACGGCAGCCCACACGCUCGACGUGCUGCAUCAACUUGACGACGCCACACGCAACACAAUUAUCCAGUCCCUGGUGCACACGUUGGACGUGCCGACGACGGCGGCCACCACCAGCAAUGGAUCGUCGCCCUACCUGUCGGAGGAGCGGCGAACGACCAUGAUCGCCGCGAUCGAUCGUGUGUUGACGGUCAAUGGCGAAGGGCUCAUUGAAGAGGCGAAAGUCUCUCCAACUGCGGUCCCUCCCCGGCAACUGUCUGUCGAAGAGCAGAUCGUGAGUGGCAUGACGGAACAAGACACGUCGUCGUUGUUGGAGCACGCCAUGAUGACAGGAAAGACGCCAAAAGGGUUUGCCAAAGUCAUUCACAAGGUCGUGUCGACAUUGGAGGCGACGGGGCGGCGGCACACGGUGGAUCGCGUGCUCACCAAGAUCAUGGAAAAGGCGCAAGAGCUUGGCGACGAAGACAUGACGGACGAAGAGCGCGCGGCGUUUUCAACCGCCAGCACCCAAGACAAACUGAGUUCGAUCCACCAAGUCGCUCAGCGCCAUGCCAGGGGCAUGAACGACCCGAACAGCACCCGAUCGGAUGACGAAGACGACGACGACCUGUCCGACGACGAGCGCAACAAGGACGCAGUUGUCAAAGCUGGCAUGGCGAAUGUGGCGUGCCAGACCGACGUGAAUUUUGCCGUCGAGUCCAACGAGAGCGUCGACGGCAACCGCGCAGCCAAUUCUGCCCUGCAAACGCGUAAACAACCGGUGACGCUGACUAGUCUCACGAAGCGGGCCAAGGGAAAGAAAGUUAUCAAGGUGGACAGUGCCAACGUCCCGCACGCGCUGGCGUCGCUCGUCACGUCGUGGAAGAUUAACGUGGAUCAGCUCGCCAUGUGCUGCAAGAAGCCGCUCGGUACCAUUUUAAGGACGAUUGCCGACACGUAUGCGGAGAAGAUUGUGCGGAUGAAGAAGGCAGGCAGUCUGCACAGCGCUUCAGGUGUUGUUGCAACCAAAGGGGCCGACUCCCUCGCCCAGAUCGCGUACCAAUCCCUUCUGCACAGCUACGGCCUUCCAUCCAUUGCCGACAUGCACUUGAUCGGGCUCGGGUGUGCCUUGGACAUGUAUCGCAACCAGCACCGCCGCGUCGACUUGUUUUGCCAGUUUUUAUACAACGAAGUGCCCGGGUCGUGGCUCGGCAUGUUUCUCCAAUGCAUCGAAGUCAUUCUGGACGAAUCGAUCCUCGACAACGCGGGCGACCAAGGGUACUUUGUACCUGGCAUCAACGGACAGACCAACCACGCGCGUGUCGGGUCGAUCAUACCACCGACGACGCUGCCGUCGUCGUCGUCAGCGUCGGCAUUGAAAAAAGCUCGACCGACUCGGCUCAACAUCCCCGACAAGGACGAAUGGUUGAUGCCACUCGAUCGGGCGCUGGAGGUAGUCCAAUACUGCUUUCGAAGCAUGCGCCGCGUACACGUCGCCGCGUUCUGCGACAAGAUCACGCAGGGAGGAUGCACUGCGACGAGUUCGUCCAGCCCCGACGCCGUGGACAACACGAUCGUAAACGUCGAUGUUUUGCUUGCCUGGGUCGUCGGAGAAUGGAACGAGGAACAACUCCGACGAGACAAGCACCUGCGGGACGCGUUCCGGGCCGGCGACAACAACGGCGACGGCCAGCUCAGCUACGAGGAAUUCCGCCGCAUUGUGCUUAGCAUCGACAAGUCGCGCGAUGAUUCGGACGUGCUGCAGCUGUUCAGCGACACGUUGCGGCGUACGGGCAGCGAUACGAUUGCUCCAGACGACUUUUUGGUCGUCGCCAAGGAGUACGGGCUCGCCGAAAUGGCAUGGGACGCGGACGGCGACCUGAACUCGAUAUCGAACGGCCUCCACGAAAUGAACUCGAUGUGGCCCACCGUCCGACCGUUCUUCGUGGGAACCCUCGAAGCGCUCGGGCGUGACUUGCCUCCGACGCAUUUCUUGCGAACAUGUCAAGCUGCUGGAUGUGGUUGCCUCAAGUGCCUAGUGGAUGGGUACGCGGGCUUUCAAGCGAUGCGCGGCAACGCUACCGAGGAAGCUGCCGUGGCCAUUUGGAAGCGAUUCUGGCACCUCAUGGCCCAGCUCUUUGAAGCAUGCGACAAGAGUGACGGGGUCUACACACCGUGGGCAGGGAGUUCUCCGAUACGCCGGUACCCGGCGUCCCGUGCCAGUGUCAUACGGUCGAAUGCAAGCCGACGGCAGGCCCUCCCGAUUGUCCUCUUGCCGGAUGUCCUUCGCAUCACGGCCAGACCAUCGUCCAACGUCGAGCACUCGACCGAAGCCGACGUCGUCCAGAGUCUCCAGCAUGUCGUGGCGUGUGACGAACGGCGUGUUUGAGUUAUAUUACAAUCAAUGACAAAGGGUGAACACACGAAAACGAUCCAGUGAAACGAAGGCAGCGAGGACGCGCGCCAACACGGACCUCGUCAAAUCGUCGGGCUGCCGCCAACAAAGCACAUGUCGUCAGGGACGUUGCGCACGCCUUCCAUGACCGACACCAUUUGCCCUCCACAUGUGACGAGCACACGCUUUUCCACAGGGCUUCCGUGACGGGAAUACGCUGAGCCUUGAUGGUGGUAAUGGUGAUGGCUGUGCUGGUUGAACUUGUGGGACGAUGCGAGGUGCAUGGGUGGAGGGGGCGGAGGGUGGAACGGGGCUUGGUGUCGUUGCGGGGACAUGACGGGGCUUGAAAUGGGACUGUUGGCGCUGCCAGUGCUGCUCGUGUCGGACAGCGACAAACUCAAGCUUCGAUUGCUGCGUGGCGACGACGCGAGUUGGGACGCAUCGCCGACUGUCGAUGUGUACUGCUCCAUCAUGAUGCGGUACUCCCGCUGAGCCGUGAGCAUCUUCAGGUCUUGUACGCUCAUGCCAGAGCGGAUGUUGGCUGGCGUCGCCGACGUUGACGCUAAGGAAGUGGUCGUCAUGGAGUUCGCGG